AUGGCGGGCAACUGGCCCGAGGCGCAGGUGCGCAAGACCUUUUUCGACUUUUUCGAGCAGAGGGGUCACACGCUGGUGCCCUCCGGCUCCGUCGUCCCUCACAAUGACCCGACCCUGCUCUUCACCAACGCCGGCAUGAACCAGUUCAAGCCCAUCUUCCUCGGCACCGUCAACAAGUCCGAUCCCAUGUCCAACCUCAAGCGCGCCGUCGACACCCAAAAGGUCAUCCGCGCCGGUGGCAAACACAACGAUCUCGACGAUGUCGGCAAGGACAGCUACCACCACACCUUCUUCGAGAUGCUGGGCAACUGGUCCUUUGGCGACUACUUCAAGAAGGAUGCCAUCGAGAUGGCCUGGGAGCUGCUGACCAAGGUCUACGGCCUCGACCCUGCUCGCCUCUACGUCACGUACUUUGAGGGCAACCCGGCCCUCAACCUCGAGCCCGAUCUGGAAGCCAAGGAGCUGUGGAAGUCGGUGGGCGUGCCCGAAGACCAGAUUCUGCCCGGAAAUAUGAAGGACAACUUCUGGGAGAUGGGUGAUCAGGGUCCCUGCGGCCCUUGCAGCGAGGUCCACUACGACAAGAUUGGAGGACGCAAUGCCGCCAGCCUCGUCAACAUGGACGACCCCAUGGUUGUCGAGAUCUGGAACCUCGUCUUCAUGCAGUUCGACCGACAGAAGGAUGGAAGCCUCAAGCCCCUGCCCGCCAAGCACAUUGAUACCGGUAUGGGCUUUGAGCGUCUGGUCUCUGCGCUGCAGGACACCGCUUCCAACUAUGCCACCGACUGCUUCACGCCUCUGUUCAAGCAGAUUGAGGAGGUUACUGGCGCCCGACCCUAUACCGACAAGUACGGCGCCGAUGACGCAGAUGGCAUUGAUACCGCCUACCGAGUCGUCGCUGAUCACAUCCGAACCAUGUCAUUUGCCAUUACGGAUGGCGCUGUGCCCAACAACGACGGCCGCGGCUAUGUCAUUCGACGAAUUCUCCGACGUGGUGUCCGAUACGCCCGCAAGUAUCUGAAUGCCGAGAUCGGUUCCUUCUUCUCCAAGAUUCUGCCUGCUCUUGUUGCGCAGAUGGGUGAGCAGUUCCCCGAUCUUGCCAAGAAGCAGGCGGACAUCAAGGAGAUCCUCGACGAGGAAGAGGAGGCCUUCUCCCGCACCCUGGACCGCGGUGAGGCCCAGUUCGAGAGAUAUGCGGCAAAGGCUGCCAAGGACAACGUCAAGAAGCUGGACGGAGACGUCGUGUGGAGACUCUACGAUACGUUUGGCUUCCCCGUCGACCUGACCAAGCUGAUGGCCGAGGAGCGAGGCCUGGAGAUUGACGAGGCCGAGGUCGCUGUGGCCCGCGAAAAGGCUCGAGAGGCCAGCAAGGCGGUCAAGGAUUCCGUCCAGACCUUUGCCAAGCUCGACGUCCACAAGAUUGCGGAGCUCGACACCGACCUCAAGGUUUCCCGGACGAACGACGACGCCAAGUACCUCAAGGGCGACAGCAAGGGCAAGGUUCAGUACAUCUUUGACGGCAAGUCCUUCCUCAAGUCGACCAAGGACAUCCCUGCCAACACUGCCAUUGGUGUCCUGCUCGACCAAACCAACUUCUACGCCGAGUCCGGUGGCCAGGUCGCCGACACUGGCCGCAUCGUCAUCGACGAUGUUGUCGAGUUCAAGGUCAUUGACGUCCAGGACUACGGUGGCUACAUCCUCCACAGCGGCUACAUUGAGUACGGAGAGCUCUCUUCCGGCGACGAGGUCAUCUGCGAGUACGACGAGCUUCGCCGCUCCCCCAUCCGCAACAACCACACCGGCACACACAUCCUGAACCACUCUCUGCGGGAGGUGCUGGGCGACGAUGUCCACCAGAAGGGCUCGCUGGUCGACAACGAGAAGCUGCGUUUCGACUUUUCACACAAGACGCAGGUCAAGCUGGAUGAGCUGAAGAAGAUUGAGGAGCUCUCCAACCAGGACAUCCGCGCCAACGCCAAGAUCUACUCCAAGGACGUGGAGCUGGAUCGUGCUCUGCAGAUUGAGGGCCUUCGUGCCGUCUUUGGCGAGACCUACCCCAACCCAGUGCGCGUCGUUUCCAUCGGCAUGGAUGUUGACACCCUGCUGGCCGACCCCAAGAAUCCCGACUGGCGAAAAUACAGUGUCGAGUUCUGCGGCGGCACCCACGUUGAGCAGACCGGCCUGAUCAAGGACCUCGUCAUUGUCGAGGAGAGCGGAAUCGCCAAGGGCAUCCGCCGCAUCAUUGCCUACACGGGCGAAGCGGCCCACCAGGUCCAGCGCGAGGCCAAGCUGUUUGAGCAGAAGCUGGACGAGCUCGAGAGCCUCCCCUUUGGCCCCGAGAAGGAGGCCCAGGUCAAGGCGGUCUCGCAGGAGCUCAGCCAGCUGGUCAUCUCCACGCUGACCAAGGACGAGUUCAACCAGCGCUUCCAGAAGAUUGCCAACGCGGUCGUGGCCGAGCAGAAGAAGAAGCAAAAGGCCGAGUCCAAGACGGCCGCCGACGUCGUGGCCAAGCACUUUGAGACGAACAAGGACAGCAAGUACUUUGUCGGCCGACUGCCCAUCAGCGCCAACGCCAAGGCGGUGGGCGAGGUCAUCAAGUACUACCAGUCCAAGGACAAGGAGAAGUCGGUGUACGUGUUUGUCGGCGGCGCGGAGGAGGGUGCCGUUGCCCACGGCGUCUAUGUCGGAACACAUCUGUCUUCACAAGGCGUCACUGCCGAGCAAUGGGCCGCGUCCGUGUCGGAAGUCAUUGGCGGCCGCUCGGGCGGCAAGGAGCCGUCCCGCCAGGGCCAGGGAACGCAGCCAGAGAAGAUUGACGACGCGGUGGAGACUGCCAGGAAAUGGCUGGAAGAGAAGCUGAAGCUGUAA